CUUUUUGUUCCUACAGUUUAUUUUUAAUUUAUUGAAAUACCGCAACAGCUCAAGAUUGUUAGAAUUUCAAAGUUACCUACAUGAUUCACACAAUUAUAAAAUAAUUUAUAAUUUGUCAACAAUGUUCGGCAGUGGUAUUUUCGUUUUUGGCGCUAAAAUAUUUGAUGACAAAGAAAGGAGGCGGGAUGCCAUAACCGCUUUGCCGUUGGAAAUGUCUUGGAAAAUAUUUUCUUAUUUAGACCCCACAUCGCUACAGACCGCGGCCCGCACAAGCAAAACAUGGUUACGAAUUAUUUCAUCAAAUAAGAAGCUGAGAAAUCGACUGAAUCACUUCGAAUUGGCAAUUAAACUGGGCUCUGAAAGCUUGGCAAACUUCUAUAGGAGAAAUAAAAGAAAACCACAUAAGGGCAAAAGAAGAAAUUAUUUAGCAGUCGCCAAAACAAUGGUGACGUCAAAGCAGACGACGAUUUUGAAAUCGAAACGUCGAGGCGACGAUUUAACUGUAUACACGAAACGAUUUAAAUUAUGCUGAAUGACGUCAAGAUUCAAGAAGAUUAUAAAAAAAAUAAAAUACUGACGAUAAAAUAAAUCUGUGUU